AUGGAGGAUUCCAAGGGGAGCGACGGCGGCGGCGAGAGGCCCGGCGCCGACCACAACCCUAGCCCGGAUCAGCUCCCGCCGGUCGCCGCUCCCGGAGGAGGGGACGAUGCCGCCGCCGCUGCUGCUGCGGCGGCCGCGGCCUUGGCCGAGGACGAGGCGCGGCGCCCGUUCACGGCCCUCAGCCAGGUCGACGCCGACCUAGCCCUGGCGCGUGUCCUCCAGGAGCAGGAACGGGCGUAUAUGAUGCUCCGGAUGAACGGAGUCGGCGGCGGCGGCGGCGAGGGCAGCGACUACGGGAGCUCGGAGGCCGGGAGCUACGAGUACGACGAGGAUGCCGAGGAGGACUACGAGGAGGAGCUCGAGAACCACCUCCGCGUCCACCACCACGAGCACCCAGGCGGUGGCGAGGUUGAUGGGGACGAUGAUCUCGAGGCUGAUGGCGAGGGCGAGGGUGAGGGUGAGGGCGAGGAUGAAGGCGAGGAUGACGGUUCUGAAGAGAGCGAGUACGAGGAGGAGGGGUUUGAUGAGGACGAGGAGGUGGAGGAUGUGGAUCUAGACCCGGCAGAGUACGAGGACGACGAGGCUUAUGCACGGGCGCUUCAGGACGCUGAGGAGCGUGAGGUUGCCGCGCGGCUUAUGGCUCUCGCUGGGAUCAGCGAUUGGCGGGCGGUGGAGCAUGUUGAGGAUCACAUAAACGACGCGCAGGAUUCAUGGCAAGAGGUUGAUCCAGAUGAGUACUCUUAUGAGGAAUUAGUUGCAUUGGGUGAAGUAGUUGGUACAGAAAGUAGAGGUCUCUCUGCUGAUACACUUGCUUCCUUACCUUCAGUAACUUACAAGACAAAAGAUAUGCAAGAUGGCAACACAGAACAAUGUGUAAUUUGUCGUGUGGAAUUUGAGGAAGGUGAAUCUUUGGUUGCACUUCCCUGCAAUCAUUCAUACCAUCCUGACUGCAUUAAUCAGUGGCUUCAAAUAAAUAAGGUAUGCCCUAUGUGUAGCGCAGAAGUUUCUACCUCAGCAAGCAAGCAGGCAUGA